AUGGAUGCCCAGACACUGGUAAAUAAAUAUAAGAAAGAGGGUCUUUUUGAUUUGAAGCGGCGCCAGUUGCUGGACAAUUUUGUUGCUUCGGAUGACUCAAAGCUCAACGAACUUUUGGAAAAGCUCAUUGACCUCAAAGUGGAAAAGGAUCCAGGCAUUCUUACUCAGAACAAAGGCCGAUUGGUGGCAUUGAUACAGACUGACCUGCUCAAGCGGCAAUCGAGCAGGCCAUCGGGCGAGAAAACGCAAGAAGAGGCGAUUGUGGACGAGAUCAACGAGCUAUUGACCGGGUACGUGACCAAAGUGGUGGACGAUAACAAGGAACUCAACGAGGAGUUGACAUCCAAGCUGAACGAAAUGAAGCAAGGGGCCGAUUCUUGA